AUGAUAGACUGGCGGGGUUGUGUAAGUGUUAGGUAAACGUGAGUCUAGCAAUUGGAACAACAAAAAUAAGCCUAACUCUAGGCUAGAAAUUUUAAAGCUGGCGUUACCUGAUUUAUAAACUUUCUAUUGAAGUGAAGGUUUAAACGAUAACACAAAUAUGAAUCAGGAAAUAUGUCAUAUCUGUAAUGUCUUUUUGCCUCCUGGCCCAAGCAAAGAAAAGAACACUCACUUUAAUGGUAAGAAACACAAAGCCAAUCUUGCUAAAAGGCAGCAGGAAGAAGAAGCAGCAAAAAGAACUCUAUAUGUCACAGGUUUUCACCCAAAUACUGAAGUGGAAGAAUUGCAUGAUUUCUUUUCCUUUUUAGGAGAUGUGGAACAAGUGACUAUUGACAGUGAAAAAAGAAAAUUUGCAUUUGUGGAGUUUAAGGAAGAAAGAUCAGUUACCAAAGCAUUGUACAGAAGGCGCCCCUUGGUCCUUCAUCGUCAUCAACUUCUUGUGAAAAGACGGCAGCUGAAAUUAUUGACAGAUCCAGAUGGAGACGAAGAGUUUCAGGUUUCUGAGACAGCAGCAGCAGCACAGCCUAUAGAACAUAAUGCUGUGGUGUCUAAGCUGCUUUGUGUUGAGACAGUGGAACUUCAAAUGGUGUUGUUAAAGAAUGCAUUAGAAUUGGACAGAGAAGAAGAGUUCAAGCGACACAAUUUUUGUAGAAUCCUUCAGGAUGCCCUCGAUGAGUUUUUCCCAGGUUGCACUGUACAUCUUUAUGGGUCAAGUGUUAAUGGAUUUGGGUUUAAAGGCUGUGACAUUGACUUAUUUUUGGACAUAAGACAUUUGCUGAGAAAAGAUUUUUUUCCAUGUAUGCCUAUGACAAUGGAUGAUGAUGAUAUUCCGUCAAUAUAUGAAAUCAGAGAUGGUUUAGUCCCCCUUGGAGCACUGCUUGAUCUGCCUAAAGAUAUGAUGAUAAAGUUCAUUGUUCAAGUGAUUAGAAAUAUUCCACGAUGUAGAAAUGUGAUUUUUGUACCUAGCGAACAUCACCCUAUUGUUCAUUUCUUACACUUUGGCCUUGGUUUAAACUGUGACCUUUCUUGUAGUGCAAGCUUAGAUGUCCAGAACAGCCGUCUCUUGGCUCUAUACUGUGACCUGGAUCCCCGAGUACAGUCUUUGACCAUGACACUCCUUUACUGGAGCAAAAUGUUUGAAUUAAUUGGUACUGGAGACAAUCUUAGUAACUAUGCUUUCAUCUGGUUGGUGGUCUUCUUCUUACAGACUCGUAACCCACCUAUUGUACCAACAGUUUUGGAAUUGAGGCAAUUAGCAGAUGAAGUGCGGGAAGUGGAUGGCAUUGACAGCACAUUUUGUGAUGAGCCAUCAAAGAUCUGCCCUUCAGCAAACUUAUUGCCUGCAGAUGAGCUACUGAAGGACUUUUUUAGCUUCUACAGUUCCUUUAACUUCAGACAAUGGGUAAUAUGUCCAAGGUUUGGCCAAGUUAUUAAAAAACAUGAAUUUUUCCAUACGUUUCCAUAUUUGGCUCACUUCAGGAUAACUCCACUCUCAAUUCAAGAUUCCUUUGACUUGAACCGUAAUAUUACAGCAUCAGUUUCGGAUGAAGCUUUAGAAUCACUUUUGGCUAGUUUUCAUGAGGCACAACUGUUGUGUGAUUCCCCCUGUUAUACUGGCGAAUGUAAGGGUGCUCCCAAAUCCUGGGGAAUUCUGGCACUUUUGGAUCCCAAGAAACACCUGCAUACACAACCAAAGCCUCCUGUGCCAGAGCAAAAGCAAGACUUAAUUCCUGAAACUAAAGUUGCUGCUGAAAAGUUCACAAUUGAAUUCCAAACCCAGUUCUUGAAUUUCUGUUUUGGUUUGCUGUCACAAAAUGUUUCAGAGUGGAACAUGGAAAGGUUGUGGAUGUACAAAACAUCUUACAUUAUUUUAGACAUCCUCCAACGAGGUAUGAUGUUUGAAUGUAAGGUUCGUGACCACAUGAGACGACGCUGGAUGAAAAAGAAAGACGAUGAGUGUACACAGAAGGUUGUUAGACUAUCAAAUAAUCAAGGAAAAAGAAAACAGUUGACCCCUGAAAGUGAAGAGACUUGCUCCAAACGGUUGUGUGUAAACCAAGAGGAGGAAUUAUAUGAGGAAACAGAAAACAGGGUAUCUAAGGAAAAUAGAAAUAUACUCUAUGAUCCUGAAAAUCCAACAGAGUGGGACCAGUUUGAGGAACUGAUUUUUGGUUUACAAGUUAACCAUGAUACAGAUAAAGACUGGAAUGAAGAUGACAGUGACAAAGAGGUUGAUAACCUAGAAGAAAUGGAAUCAAGUUCUGCAGUUGCAGAGUCCCAACCAUCAACAUCAAGAGAUAAGCAUUCAACUGGUUCUAGGACCCUUUUGAAAAUCUUCUGUAAAGUGUUUUAUCGUACUUGGUCAGGACGGAAAAAAUACAAGGCUGGCUUUGUUGCCAAGAAACCUAAUGAUCCUCUUGAAAUAGAACAAUAUAUAUCAGAAAACAUCAUUAGUAAAAGCUCCCAACAACCAGAGAAACCACUAUUUGAAUUCAUUUGCCGGACAAAAGAACUUAAUAAAAAUGGAAUAUUAUCCAUUGAAGUUGAACUGAAGCCCAAAACUCCUAGUAAAGAAUUUACAGGGCAUGUUUCAGUCUUUCUGAGUUCGUACCUGUCAAAAAUGGCAGAAAAGUUAAUGCUUGCAAGCAGUACAUAAUUGAAUUUUGUAGAUCAUAUUUUGAAAAUACAGAAGAAAAACAACAAAAAGAUUGUAAAUGUAAGCUGUUAAAAUAAACGUAGGAGGUUCAGUGUUAGCCAGAUAUUUCACGAUUAAAUGGAAAUAUUUACAUAUGCUAACGAAUAAAUAAAUGUUCAGUUUCUUUCUUCA